GGCACCGCCUCGGCUCCGCUCGGCACCGCCUCGGCUCCGCUCGGCACCGGCGCAUGCGUAGUGCGCGGCGGCGGCGCCACCAUGAACCCCCUGACGAAGGUAAAGCUGAUCAACGAGCUGAACGCGCGGGAGGCGGAGCUGGGCGUGCAGGAGGCGGUCUCGUGGCACGCGGAGUACAAGGACAGCGCCUGGAUCUUCGUCGGCGGGCUGCACUACGAGCUGACGGAGGGGGAUGUCAUCUGCGUGUUCUCGCAGUACGGGGAGGUCGUCAACAUCAACCUGGUGCGGGACAAGAAGACCGGGAAGUCCAAAGGCUUUUGCUUCCUUUGCUAUGAGGACCAGCGGAGCACCAUUCUCGCUGUGGACAACUUCAAUGGGAUCAAGAUCAAAGGAAGGACGAUUCGAGUGGACCAUGUCGCCAACUACCGGCCCCCCAAAGAGUCUGAUGACUUAGAUGACGUCACGAAAGCCCUCCAUGCGAAGGGUUGUGGAGUUAAAACACCACCUCACACGUCAUCCGAUUCGCUGUCGGAGGAUGAUGAUGUGCCUGUAAAAAAGCAGAAAGAUAAGGAGAAGAGUAGACAGGAGCGGCAAAAGCAGAGCUCACAGGCUGCGAAGAGGGCGGUGUCGGCGGAGGAGGUGCACCCCAGGAUCAAGAUCAAGAAGGAGAAGGAGGACCCUGCCUACGAGCGCUAUGCCAGCGGGAGCCAGCAGCUCUUGAAGGGCUCCGAGAGGAAACCUGUGAGCAGGACUCAGCGAGAAGAUGAUGAACGGAGGCACCAGAGGCCUUCAGAGAGAAGAGGGGAAAAAAGCUGCCAGGAGCAGCGGGGACAAAGUGGUUUGUGGGAAGAGAGGGAGAAGAGAGAGGAGGCUGGCAGGAAGGGCAACGGGCACGGCAGCCGGCGAGAAGAGUGUCCUGAGGGAGGCAGAUCCCGGGAGCGCAGCGCCAGGGAGCCCCAUGCCAGGCACAGGGAGUGGGGCUCCACGAAAGGCUCCGGCCGCAGCUGAGCCCCGGGGUGAGCGGUUCAGGAGCCAAGAGGGACCCCGAGCCUGCCCAAAAACCUGUGCAGAGCCUCCCCAUGCCUCUUGAUGGGGAUCUGCGGCCAGACCGUUCACCUCCAACAACUCCCGCUCGGUUUCCCAUUCCGUGCUUGGGCAGGGCUCCUCUCGCUGCCUGUGCUGCGGACCAGGACAUGAGUUUUGUUGCCUGCGUCAGCCCUUCUUGCAGCGUUUGAGACUCGCAGGCGUGCUGGGACGCUGCACCGCAGCGUGGAGGUGGUCACUGGGAGCGAUGGGACGCUCUUCCUCCCAAAACCACCCAGUUCCCCCAGCCCCGGUGGGGGUGUCCCCCUCUCGCGCUGUGGGGAGAGGGGAGAGACCAGUGGGUGGCUUGUGGUGGAUCUCUCCUGGUGUCUGUGGUGGAUCCCAACGUGCACCGCUGCGAGUUACUGGUGUUUGGUUGGGUUUGUUUUAAUAAAAAUCAUCUCUUUCCCGGAAGAUA